UGCAACAGACAAGGCAGCCCCAGUUCUAUACUCUUGUCCCUGCAUUUCAAAGAAAGCAAGGAAUAAAGAGAAGAGAAAGAUUAUUAGAAUCUCUUUCUGAGAAUGAAUUAAGAGUAGUUGUAUAACAUAAUAACAAUCAGUUUCAUUUCUCUCUUAUAAAAUGGUGAGGCCACCUUGCUUUGAAAAUUUGGGUACUAAGAAAGGGCCUUGGACUCCAGAGGAGGACAUCAUCUUGGUGUCUUACAUUCAAGAACAUGGACCAGGGAAUUGGAGAUCAGUUCCCAAAAACACAGGUUUGAUGAGAUGCAGUAAAAGCUGCAGACUUAGAUGGACUAACUAUCUUAGACCGGGUAUCAAACGAGGCAAUUUCACUGAUCAUGAAGAGAAAAUGAUAAUCCACCUCCAAGCCCUUUUGGGCAACAGAUGGGCUGCAAUAGCUUCCUACCUUCCACAGAGAACAGACAAUGACAUAAAAAACUAUUGGAACACCCAUUUGAAGAAAAAGCUGAAGAAGAAUCAAAAAGGGGAUGGAGAUGGUGAAACCAAUGAAGGACACUCUAUUUCACAGGAAAAGGGUCAAUGGGAGAGAAGGCUCCAAACAGAUAUCCACAUGGCCAAACAGGCCUUAUGUGAGGCACUGUCCCUUGACAACAACAAGCCAACCCUUAUUUUGCAAGACACCAAUAACAAUACCACAACUCAAUCACCCACAUACGCUUCAAGCGCUGAGAACAUAGCAAGAUUGCUAAAAAACUGGAUCAAGAAACCGCCACCAAAUGAAACAAAUUCAGGUAAUUCCUUCAGCAAAUUGGUAACUACAGGGUCCAGUUCUAGUGAUCAAGGGGCACAGAGCAGCACCACAUGCGCAACCGAUCACCAUUUCGACUCGUUCUUCAGCUUUAACUCUGAUCGUUCUCGAUCGGUGUCAGCUGAAGAAAACGCUAACCUUGCAACUGAUUUUGGCUUCUUCGAAGAAGAAACCAAGCCGAACCUUCAGGAAACCACGCAAGUCCCGAUCACGUUGCUGGAGAAGUGGCUUUUUGAUGAAGAUCUAAUGAACAUGCCACUGCAGGAAAGUACAGCAGGGCUGUUUUAGAAUCAGAAAUGAUGUUAGGACAUACGUUUUGGAUUGAUCGGUUUUGCGACGGUUUUUCAAUUAACUGCUGCUAAUGUUUGCGGUGCUUCUAAAGUGAAUGUUUGUGGAAUGCUCGCACAAAAGGCAUGUGUCUAUGUAUCACCUCUCAACACAUGGUUUUGCAAAGGUUUUUAAUUAGUCUGUCGCUAAUGUUUGCCGUGGUUGAACAUCGUCACUAAAGUGCGUGUUUGUGGGAUACUAGCACAAAAAGCACGUGUCUAUGUAUAACCUCUCAAGACACGGUUUUGCAAAUGUUUUUAAUUAACUGUUGUUAAUGUUUGCCGUGGUUGAA